CCCUGGCAAAACCCUUCUUAUUGAGCCUUCCCCGACAGCCGCAAGCCUUCAGCUCCUUUUGCGGUUGUGCCGCCCACCCAUAUCUAAUUACAAUCGCCGGUGCGGCUGUUUGAUCCGGCCAAAAUUUCCUCUACUGGAAAGUAGAAACAAAUGGCGGGGCUUGUUCAUCCAGCUACUACGACAAUUCCAGCCGAGGCAUCCAAAACGGCGCAUACCAAAGCUGAGGAGAAAACCGAUUACAUGAACCUCCCAUGCCCUAUUCCUUUCGAAGAGCUCCAACGCGAAGCUCUUAUGUCUCUGAAGCCAGAAACCUUUGAAGGAUUGCGAUUUGAUUUCACCAAAGGACUAAAUCAGAAAUUCUCACUGAGUCACAGUGCGUCUAUGGGCCCAACAGAAAUUCCUUCUCAAUCCGCUGAAACCAUUAAAAUUCCUACUGCUCACUAUGAAUUUGGUGCCAACUUCAUUGAUCCAAAUCUGAUGCUUAUUGGGAGGGUGCUGACGGAUGGUAGACUGAAUGCUAGAGUGAAAUGGGAUUUGACAGACAAUCUAACUGUGAAGGCUAAUGCUCAGCUAACAAAUGAGCCUCAUAUGUCACAUGGCAUGUUCAACUUUGAUUACAAGGGUAAAGACUACAGGUCUCAGUUUCAAAUGGGAAAUGGUGCUUUAUUUGGAGCUAGUUAUAUCCAGAGUGUGACACCACAUUUGUUCUUAGGUGGUGAAGUAUUUUGGGCUGGUCAGCACCGGAAGUCAGGCCUUGGUUAUGCUGCCCGGUAUGAAACAGAUAAGAUGGUUGCUGCAGGGCAAGUUGCAAGUACCGGAAUGGUUGCUUUGAGCUAUGUUCAAAAAGUGUCCGAGAAGGUUUCUUUAGCAUCAGAUUUCAUGUAUAAUUACAUCACUAAAGAUGUGACAUCAAGUGCCGGCUAUGAUUACAUCCUCAGACAGUGUCGUUUGAGGGGGAAGAUCGAUUCUAAUGGAUGCACAACUGCUUAUCUAGAAGAGCGGUUAAAUAUGGGCCUAAAUUUCAUCCUCUCCGCGGAGAUAGAUCAUAGGAAGAAAGACUACAAAUUUGGAUUCGGAUUGACCGUAGGGUGAUUCGAUUUUUCCGUAAAAAGCCGUUUGUACAGGGUUCUUCGGCAUAUGGUUGAAGAUUACAGAACUGAGAAUUUGUACUUUGAACUAUUGUUCAGCUGGUAGUGUGUAGCGAUUUUUAACUGUUGUCGGAUUCUUAAUUUUUGUAAAAUUAUAUAAUUAUUAAUACUAUUCUAUUAAAUUGUUUAUUCUGGAUUA